AUGGCCCCCUCAGCUAUCAUUGAAGAGGCUCCUACGAUCCCGGUCCCCAAGGCCGUGGGGUCGGUGCCGAACGACGAUGUCCUGGUCGACUCGUUCGACAUGUCUACCGUCACAGUCGAGCAGGUGGUGCAGUCCAUGGUCCGCAACGGCGGCGUCAUUGUACGCAACCUGAUCCGGCCGGAAGAAGCCCGGCAGAUUGAGAAAGAGGUGCGACCGUAUCUCGGCUUCGACGAAUGCUGGCAGCCGGAUUUCUGGCCUCGCGAAACCCAUCGAGUCUGUGGUCUGGCUGGCAAGUCGCCCACCUUUAUCGACAAGAUCGCCUCCCAUCCUCUCUACGAGGAGGUGGCAGCACGUUUCUUAACCACCACCUCCAAGGCCUGGAUCGGCCAGACACACACCGAGAACACCUCCCGACCACAGCUCAACAACACCCUCGUCUUCUCCAUCGGCCCUGGCGCAAAGCAUCAAGACCUCCACCGCGACGACAUGAUCCAUCACAAGCAGCUGCCGGCCAUCACCCCAGAAGAGUAUACAUUCGACCGUGACACCGCCAUCGGCCUGUUUGUCGCGGGUAAGAAGACGACCCGGGCGAAUGGGGCCACCAGGUUCGUGCCGCGCUCCCACUUGCAGGCGACGGAGCAUCCACCUCCUGCUGAGGACUCGGAAUGCUUCUAUGCCGAGCUCAACCCCGGUGACGGCUUCUUCAUGCUUGCAUCCUGUUACCAUGGUGGAUCGGCCAACACCACCGAGGACGAGGAGCGAUUGCUCUAUGGAUGUUUCAUGACCAGAGGAUGGCUUCGCCAGGAAGAGAACCAAUACCUUGCCACCCCGCUGGAAAAGAUCAAGCAGACCAACUACUCUGCCAAACAACUGCGGAUGAUGGGUUAUGGUGUGAGCGAGCCGUUCCUGGGCUGGGUCGACUUGUCGGAUCCAAUGCAGGUGGUGAUGAAUAUCAACGAGAAGAAGGACCUCAGCUUCGGAGGGUACUCGAAGAAGUAA